UUUCCAGGGGGCAUCAUGGCGCUGGGCAUGUUUCAUAGCUUGUCGCAAACGUUGCUUUACGGUGUUCCCUCUAAAGGACUACUUCGCCGCAUAAAUCCAUCAAACUGCAUGUCAUAUAUAGGAGCAAAGAGGCAUCUCUUGUCAGAGGAUGUUGUGAAGCUUCAAGACUUCCAGCAGAGGAAGCUGGCUGUCGCUCACCAGGUCGCUGGAUCCAAAGGUAAGUAUUUUGAGGCGUUCAAUCAAAAGCUGCAGAAGAAUGAGCUCAUCUUGAAAGACGAGCUGAAGAUGCUCCUGCACAUGUGCCAGUCAUCUGAAGACAUGGUCACAGCUAAAGGCGCCAUAUACAGGUACCAUGAGGAGAACCACAAUGUCUCGUUUGGAGAGUUCAAGUUUGGACCCCUCUUCAUGAGGCUGUGCUAUGAGCUGGGUCACGAGGAGAUGGCUGCAGCCACACUGACUGAUAAGAGCUUAAAAGGGUUCUUCAGUGAUUCAACCUCCUUCAACAUCGCCAUCGACAUGCUGUUUUUGAAAGCCUGCUAUAGCAGUGCUCUCGAAGUGGUGAUACACAUGAAGAACCAGGGUGUGGGGUUCAACAAGGAUACAUACACACUGGCUGCAGGCACCUGCUAUAAACUAAAUACGCCAGAGUCGUAUCAAAUGUGCUGUGUCUUGAUCGAGGAGGGCCAGACCAAAGGAAACUUGAUUCCCAGACAUGCGUACUGCUUCGCUGUGGCACUAGCACUUAGACAGAAUGAUGUUGAAAGGGCAAAGUCUAUGUACUCCCGCAUAAUGACCACGGAGAGCAGACUAUGUCAAAAUCUCAAAGUAUUGAUUUUAGCCAUGUCCGGAAGUGUAUGGGAGGCUCUGUUCGUCCUGUCCUCCAGCUUGGUGUCCACAAGCCCUUCAUUUGUCAAGAAGAUGGAAUUUUCCCAGGAAGUGGUGGCGGUGUUGCUCUCGCGGAGCGAAAACAGCGCCCACCUGGCGAGCGUGGAGCAGAUGGUGGCCCGGCUGCAGCAGGCGGGACAGGUGAACCAGCGGAGCAUGGACGAGAUGCUGUGCCACACGCCCACGGGGAAGAGGAAGCCCACGUGGAUGAUGGUGGAGCGCCGGCUCAGCCGCAGGACCGGGAGGCCCCUGCAGUCCUCUCUGCUGUCCGAGUGACGGGAGGAGAGGCUGGGUGCGGACACAGGGGCUCUUGACCUACACCGGGGCAGGCUGAUGGAACCCUGGAACCCCGUAUAAGACUGAUGAACAGCCUGCCAUUGAGAUAUGCCUGCUCUGAACAGUAGACCUGGAGCUGGGCCAGGCAUGAUUAUCUACCUCACCACUAAGAUAAAAUGGCUUUUCUGCUGUUACUUGUCACCCCUUCAUUUAACAAUGUGUUUUUAGUACACAGUUGGUGAAUGUGAAGAUCUAGCAAGUUGCGAAGAUCUGAUAUAUAAACAGCAGCAUAAGCAGCUCAAGGGAACUUUUUUCUCCCUUGAGCGAAAAUAAAGAGGUGUGGAGUAUAUAAAUACUUGUAAUUACGUAUGAUUAAAGAUGCACACUAUUGACUUA